AUGGCCCAGGAUAUGCCAGCUAUGGAGGCUUGGUUUGCUGUCCCAUGUCCAAACAAGUUUAUAGCUGUGAAGCGCAGUGAGUCUUUCCUUAGAGCCUCGCACCAGGCUCUUGAAGGCAACCUAUACCAGCUCUUUACCCCUGUUCGAGACUACAUGAAAGCGCUCGGAGAGGAAUUUUCUGGCUUAUGUUCAGAGAGUGAGCAACAAAAAAUUCAAACAUUCAUCAGAGAAAAACACAGCUAUGAAGAAAUGUUUGAAAAGGUUUCUUACCUAAAGAUGUAUUCAAGAAAAGUGAAGAAAAUGGUGUAUAAAGAAUAUUUCACUGUCGUAAGGCUAUCACAAAGUGAUGUGAUUACUUAUCUAAACAAAGUAGCAAAUGGAUUUAUGUCCCAAAUACUGCAAGAGAUUUCUGCCCAACAGAUAAAUGAAAAUAAAAAAAUCUGCAGUGAGUUUGAAAUGGUAGCUGAGCGAACCCUCCACAUGCCUGUUAAGACCAAGGAGCUUGUAGCGAUGGGUUCCUACAUCAAGUAUUGUCGUACGACCUUCAUGGAUAAGGUCAAGAGCCGGAUCCUGGGAUCCAUCCAGCUAGCAAUCCGUCUCAUGGACUUCACCAGUCUAAGUGAAGAGCAGCUACACCUCAACGCAAGGGUCAUCAAUUGGCUCAACAAGAUCAAGCCUAUAUUUCAGGAGUACAAUGACCUGUUUGAGAACACAAAAUAUGAGUUGGAGGAAAGGCUACAGAGGAGUACGGAGAAGCUCAAUAAGGAGUUGGAAGAUGUUGGGCCAUCUCUUACUUCUCUCAGCAAUAUGGACGAUGUCAACAAGAUUGCUGAGUAUGUCCAGUUUAUUCAAAAGUUCUUGAGGAGGCUGGAACAGUUUGACGGAGUCGUUAGCUGGAUCAACAAUGAAGAAGUCUUGUUCAAGUUUCCAAUAUCUACAUAUCCUGAGUUGGAUGAACUGAAGAGUAUUGUACAUCCAUUUGCCAAGCUAAUUUUUACAUGUAGCAAAUGGCUACGCACACAUAAAAUCUGGAUGGAUGGAGCUUUUGAUGAGCUUUUUCUAGAAGCUGUUGAAGAGCAAGUUUCAUUUUUCUUCCAGGAUUUGACCAGCACUCAGAAGACAUACAAGACAAAGUGCAAGCAGCAAGCCACGGACAAUUAUCCUCGGAGGUUCAAAGGCACAGUGGACGAUCCUGACGUCAAUAACUGGCCAGCCCCUCUCAAACUGUGCUCCCAAACACUGAACCACAUCAAUGAAUUUAAGCAAAAUUUACGAUUGAUCGGAAUCGUUUGUAACUCAGCUCUUAGAAAACGACAUUGGGAAGAUUUAUCAGAAAUAGCUGGUUUUGAUGUAACACCUGAUGCUGGAACUACCUUGCGCAAAUUCAUCGGCUACCAUCUUGAGCAUCUUCUUGAUCCAUUUGAAAUAGUCAGCGUCAGUGCCUGUAAGGAACUUCAACUUUAUCAGACUCUAUGUGCAAUGAAAGCAGAAUGGUCUGAAGUUUACUUUACCUCGACACCUUACCUUGACACAAAAACAGAAAUUUUAUCUGAAGUGGAAGAAGUGUUGACUUUGGUCGACAAUCAUCUAAUAAAAUGUGUGACAAUCAGAGGCUCAGCAUUUGUGAAGCCACUCAUAGGAGAGGUGAAAGAGUGGUGUGAGAGAUUGGACAGAGUGAACUUAACCAUUGAAACUUGGCUGAAAGUGGAAAGGCAAUGGAUGGACUUCCAACCAAUAUUCACCUGUGAGACAGUUCGGGAAUGCAUGAACCAAGAAGUUCUUCUUUUCCAGGAGGUGGAUCAGAUGUACAGGGAUCUAAUGAAGGAAGUAAGCAGAGGACUGCAAGUAAUCAAAGCUGCUGGUGACCUUCUUCUCUUGAACUUAGUUCUUAGAAUGUUUGUUAUCUUAGAAAACAUCAACGCUGGUGUCAAGAUCUACCUAAACCAGCUUCAAAUGUACUUUCCCAGGUUGUUUUUCUUAUCUGAUGUUGAAAUACUGCACAUUUUAGCUGAAACCAAAUCAACUAAUGUGAUACACACUCAUCUGGAAAAGAUAUUCAUAGGAGUUCAAGACCUAUUUUACGAAAACAACCAAGUUGUCGCAUUGCAAGGCCCUGAUGGAGAAACAAUCACAUUUGAACAGACUUUACAAGUGGAAAAAUAUUUUGGGUGUGUGGAAAAACUACUUUUUGAUGUAGAGAAACAGAUGCAAGCGAGUAUGAAGGUGCAGUGUAAGAAGUGUUUGACCAUGUACAAAAAGGAAGUGUUCAGUGAGUGGGUGGUAGGAUGGCCUGGACAGGCAGUCCAGUGUGCUCUACUGACGAUCAGGACUGGUCAGAUACACAACUGUCUGACCCAGCAAAACCUUGACCAGCUCAACUUUGUCCACAAAAAUAUCCAGAACCAAAGAGAGGCAAUAUUCAGUUUGAUACGAGGCAGACUUCUAGCCAGGGUUCGUACAAGUUUGGAAGCUCUGAUUAAUCUCACAGUUCAUGUGUUGGAGGUACUGCAACUGAUAAUCUCAAAAAGCAUUAUUUGUGACACUGACUUCAACUGGCUCGUUCAGCUACGGGCAGAUACUGUUGUAAGGCAGUCCCAGAUCACCUUAGACUUGAACUCGCAGGAGUCGAGCGCCCUGACUGCAGCCUGGUUGUCUGUGAAAAUGGAAAUGUAUAUGUCCCUGAAGCCUGCCUCAGGUUCUCCCUGGCACACUCCAUGGUAUUACCAGGAAGAUGUUGUUAAAAUAAGGCUAUUAAAUUCUGUUCUACCAUAUGGCUACGAGUAUCUGGGGAACACUUCUCGUCUAGUAAUAACGCCCUUGACUGACAGAUGCUUUCGUACUCUGAUAACAGCUUAUCACAUGAACCUCCACGGAGCCCCGGAAGGCCCUCCAGGAACAGGCAAGAGUGAAACAGUCGGAGAUCUAGCAAAAGCUGUCGGAGUCUAUUGUUUCUCCUUCUGCUGCACCCCUGAACUUAGUCAUCUUGCUAUUGGAAAGUUCCUACAGGGCAUUUCAGGAUGUGGAGCAUGGGGGUGUCUCAAUGACUUUCACCAGAUGAGGCUAGAAGUGUUGUCUGUGGUGGCCCAGCAGUUAGACUCGAUCUCUCACCUGAUACAGAGGGAGCCUUCCUCCAGCAUCCCUCGCUGCUACAUCUGUGUCACUUUGUACCCAGGCAUCUCUGUACACUCUCCCAUCCCAGCCAACCUCAAGAUGUUGUUUCGUCCAGUUGCCAUGAUGUACCCUGAUAUAGUGACUAUAGCACAAGUUUCCCUUUAUUCUUUUGGCUUCACUCAGUCUCAUGAGUUGACAUUGAAAUUAGUCACACUUCAAAAACUCGGCAGCAAACAGUCUUCUCAGCAAGCUCGUUUCUGUUAUGAUUUUGGAUCUCUGAAGUCGGUGCUGAAGGUAGCAAAAAGGUUGAAGGAUUCUCAAGAGGAUUUGGCUGAAAGUAAAAUUUUCUUAAAGGCAAUCACAGACACACUUCUUCCCAAGCUUUCUGGUGAUGACGUUCAAGUGUUCUACACCAUUCUUAAACAUUUGUUUAUGGAUUUUUCACCUAUUUCUUACUGUGAUCAUCAUCUUAAAACCUCUGCACUUCAAAUAUGUAAAGACUUCAAAUUAAAAAGUGGUGAUGUUUUUAUAUCUAAAAUAAUUCAAAUUCACGAAGCUCUAAAAAUGUACUCAGGAACAAUUUUACUUGGAGAUCCCUUCUCUGGAAAAUCAUCUGCAUUGAAAAUUGUAAGGACAAUGUUUGAAACCCUCAAAGAAGAAAAUAUCAGCUGUAUAAACCUAAAAACUUUAACAAUGUCUCAAAUUUACGGCUACGUUCAUCCUGAAUCAAAAGAGUGGAUUGAUGGAAUAAUUCCUAAAUUUUUCCGGGAGUCCAACAGUCACCAGUGGCUAGUACUGGAUGGGCCAAUGGAGUCCUACUGGCUCGACACCCUCAAUACUGUCUUUGACAAAUCUCACAGACUUUGCCUUAGCUCUGGAGAGAUCAUUCCUGUAUCUCCCAAUGUAUCUGUAGUGCUAGAAACAAUGAAUUUGGAUCAGGUUUCUCCUGCCACCAUGUCCAGAUGUGGUGUUGUUUUUUCACCCCCAGACACAGUAGGUUGGCAAGGCCUUGUACAUUCUUGGCUCUUAUCCUCUCAAGACUACCAGUCCAACUAUGCCACCAACUACAACACACUCUUUGACUGGAUUGUACCACCGACUCUGGCGUUUGUUGAGAAUGAAUGCUCUUUUGUUAUGAAAGCUGGAAGAUGCAACAUGGUGAGACUGUCUGCCGACUGUCCGCGCACAGUCGGCAGACAGUCGGCCGACUCAGUCUCCAUGUGUGGACUAGGCUUGAGGAAGACAAUGCUUUUGCUGAUAGAAAUGAUGGUGAAGGAUGCAUGUGCAGAUAAUGAAGACUACCCGAAGCAUUUGCCAGUGUGGAUACAGUCUUCUACACUGUUGGCUGGAGUAUGGGCCUUUGGGGGUCCACUCACACCAGAAUCUCGGGAACAGUUUGACAUAUUUUUCCGUGACAUUUGGAGAGGCAACAUUGAAAAUCACCCAAUGCCAGAUACGAUAGAAAAGUUGGAGAUCAACAUUCCAAGUGAAGGUCAGCUGAAUGAUUACUGGUACCACUUCAAGGGGAAGGGGGCCUGGCGGUUCUGGCCUGAGGUUGUCAGGAGUCUUAAAAUAGAGGAGGACACUCCAAACCUCCAGUUCUCUCUUGUUUCCACCAUAGAAUCUGCCAAAUAUUUGAACAUUUUGGAAAUGCAUGUAAAACACGUAAGUCCCCUACUACUAUCAGGGCCAACAGCUUCUGGGAAAACAUUGUACUUCAGCAAAACAAUCAAUAAACUGUCACUAGAGAAAUAUUUACCAAUGAAUAUAUCCUUUUCUCCCCUCAGUUCAGCUCACUUCUUUCAGGAUUAUGUGAUAUCCAAGCUGCAGCGCCGUAGCCACACAAGAUACGCUGCUCCUGGUAAACGCACAGCAGUACUGAUAGUAGAUGAUGUCAACAUGGGACCACCUGAACCUCAAGAAGUCAUGCAUCACUACCUAGAUCAUCAACAGUGGUUUCGUACCAAGGACAACUCCAUGGUGGCAGCUGAGGAUCUUCUUCUGUUUUCGGCCUGUGGUCUUCCAGGGGGCCAUAAGAAGCACAUUUCUUCAAGAAUUCUAAGACAUUUCUCUUUCUUUGCAUUGAGCCCACUGAUUGAUGAAACUGUUGCCAAGAUAUUUUCCACGGUGCUUUUCACAGGUUUUAAGCGAAAUGGAUUUGCUACUGAUGUGAUGCCAACAGUGUUGUGUAUUGUAGCAGCCACAACAGAUGUUUUAUCAUGGGCAACAAGUGCCUUGCGACCAACCCCCAGUAAACCUCACUAUGCCUUUACUCUACGAGACUUUGGGAAACUCAUUCACAGCCAUCUGCUGGUAAAACGUGAGAAUAUUGACAGCAAGAAAGUCUUCAUAAGGUUGUGGGUCCACGAGGCCCUUAGAGUCUUCAAUGAUCGAUUGAUCGAAACAGCAGAUCGAGCACAGCUAAUUGACAGGUUGAGGUAUGCUGUUAAAGAAUGCUUCAAAGAGAGUUUUGACGUUUCUCUGGAUAGCCUUAUGCCAAAAGGUCAAGAAGAAAUUCAAGAGGAAAAUUUAAGAAAUUUAAUUUUCACAACAGCAUUGACUUGUGACAGUGAGGACAAGAAGUAUGAAGAAGUCGGGUCUCUAGAUAACUUUAUGAAGGCCUUGGAUCCAAUCAUUGAGAACUACAAUAGCACUCAAGAAACAAAACUAAACAUUGUUUUAUUCAGGUUUGCUCUAGAGCACUUGUCACGUUUGUGCCGAGUGUUGUCUAUCAGUGGAGGCUCGUGUCUGAUGCUGGGUAUGAGAGGGUCUGGACGCCAGACUAUCACUCAGCUUGCUGCACUCCUCUGUAAGGCUGACUUUCACCAGCCUUCUGUUGUGCACAACUAUGGUUUCUCAGAGUGGAGGGAUGACUUGAAGAAAGUGCUUAUCAACGCAGGAGGCAACAAUACAAAAACUGUGUUCUUCGUCUCUGAGAACGAGCUUACCAACGAAAUGUUCUUACAGGACCUUGACAUGAUUUUAAGUACUGGACAGAUCCCAGAUAUGUUCUCAUCAUCUGAGCUGGAACGUAUAUAUGAUAUGGUUCGUCUUUCCGCCCAGGGAGGUAACCGGAACCUGGAUAUAAACCCUCUGACUGUUUUUGCCUUCUUUGUGUCUCGCUGUCGUCAAAACCUCCACAUAAUUCUGAGUCUGAGCUCCAUAUCUUACUCCUUCCGACGAUGGCUUUCUCUAUAUCCUUCGUUACUCAACCAUUGCACAGUCGAUUGGGUGGAGCCUUAUAAAACAAUGACCUUCAAUGGGAAGGAGUACAAACUUAAGGACUGGCCUGAAGAAGCUUUGGAGAAGAUAGCCUUUCAUUACUGGGAUGGCCUUGAAAUUGAAGAGACUAUAUUGGGUUCAGCAGUGAAACUUAGCAAGUACAUUCAUGUCACUGCAAGGGAAACGUCAGAGAAGUUUUACUCUGUGACUGGUCGUAAAUGUUACGUCACAUCAGCUUCAUACCUCAUGAUGGUGAAGAAGUACAGACAUUUGAUCACACAAAAACAAGAGGAGAUUGUACAUUCUAAAGCUCAGUUUAUUACUGGGCUUGAAAAACUGGAAUUUGCGUCCAAACAAGUAUCAGUAAUGCAGAAAGAGUUGGAAGCACUUCAGCCACAGUUGCAAGUGGCUGCGGCGGAGACAGAGAAGAUGAUGGAAGUGAUUGAGCGAGAGACUGUGAUCAUUGAGCAGGCCUCGGGUCUUGUCAGGGAGGACGAGAAAGUGGCUAAGAUACAAGCUGCUGCAGCCAACAAUCUUAAGAUAGAGUGUGAGGCUGACUUGGCUUUGGCCAUCCCCAUUUUAGAGGAGGCUGUUGCUGCCCUCAACACACUCAAGCCAACGGACAUCACUUUAGUCAAGUCUAUGAAGAAUCCUCCAGAUACCGUCAAGCUUGUCAUGGCUGCAGUUUGUGUGAUGAAGGACAUCAAACCUGAGAAAAUCCCUGACCCUAACACUCCUGGUAGAAAGAUCCUGGACUAUUGGGGCCCAAGCAAGAGACUGUUGGGAGAUAUGGCUUUCCUACAGCAACUGAAAGACUAUGACAAAGACAACAUAUCCCCUCCUAUCAUGGCUAUGAUUCGCAAGCAGUACUUGCCUAACAAAGACUUCAAGCCACUCAUUGUUGCCAAGGCUUCGAGUGCUGCUGAAGGCCUGUGCAAGUGGGUUAUUGCCAUGGACAUGUAUGACGCUGUUGCUAAGGAAGUAGCUCCUAAAAAAGCAAAACUAGAGAUUGCUGAGCGAGAAUUUGCAGCCACAAUGGCUAUUUUGGAAGAGAAAAGAGCCCAAGUGAGAAUGCUCGAGGAAAAGCUUAUGGAUCUGAAUGCUAAACUCGAUGCAGCUCAGCAGCGGAAGAAGGUAUUGGAAGAUGAAGUAGGAAUGUGUGAAAACAAACUGUGGAAGGCUCAAAAAUUAAUAGGUGGUUUAGGGGGUGAGAAAGGUCGCUGGAUGGAAACUGCUAACUCUCUACAAACAUGUUUUGACAAUUUGGCUGGUGACAUUUUAUUAUCUUGUGGAGUUAUUGCUUAUCUUGCACCUCUAACAUUUCAGUUCAGGCAAAGCUUGUUGCAUGAUUGGUGCAAGAUCUGCUGUGAUUUAGAAAUUCCAAAGUCAGAGACUUUCUCUUUCGUCAAAGUUCUAGGGUUUGAUAUAAAUAUACAAAAUUGGAACAUAUUUGGACUUCCAAGAGAUGAAUUCUCAAUUGAAAAUGCUGUUAUACUGGAAAACACAGUGAGAUGUCCUCUUCUUAUUGAUCCCCAAGGGCAUGCUAAUCGGUGGAUUAAAGCUAAGGAAAAAUCCAACAAACUUCAAGUAAUAAGACUGUCGGAUGAGGAUUAUAUGAAAACUGUCGAAACGUGCAUGGCUGUUGGAAACCCUGUGUUGCUUGAAAAUGUAGAAGAAGAUCUAAAUGCCAUUUUAUUAAGUCCACUUUUUGUUAGACGUACUAUAGACCCUGAUGGAAAGAAACUCCCCUGCAUAUACAUCACUACAAGACUCCAGAACCCAACUUUUACUCCGACUGUGUUUAACUUCUUCUCAGUCAUUAACUUUACUUUAACUCUUAAUGGAUUGGAAGACAAACUACUUGACAUCGUAAUUGCAAAAGAAAGGCCUGAUCUUCAAGAAAAGAAACAGGCAAUGAUGAUUUCUAGUUCUAAAAACAAAACUAAGUUACAACAAGUCGAGAGUAAGAUCUUGGAUACAUUAUCGUACACUAAAGGAAAUAUUUUGGAAAAUGAGGCUGCCAUUGAGAUUCUUGAUACAGCCAAGUCUUUAUCAGUAGAAAUCCAGGAUAAACAGAAGCUUGCCAAGAUAAUCGAGGAGGAGAUCCAUUCUUACUGUCAACUUUACUACGCUGUUGUUGAGCACUCGGCCAGACUCUACUUCUGCCUAACUAACCUCAGCAACAUUAACUUCAUGGCCAAAAAAACUAUACUUGAAGAAGACUUAAAUUUUUUUAUUGGUGUAAAAAUAGAAAGUGAAGGAUUUAAAGGUGAAACUAACAGUCCUGUGGAGUGGAUCACGGAUAUCAAAUGGAAACAAAUAGUUCAGCUCGAUCAGCUAUCCUCAUAUUCAGGUUUUGCAGAAAGUUUAGCUAGCAACCAUGAAAAGUGGGAAGUCCUACAGAACUCUGACAAACUGGAUUUUCCAUAUCCAUGGAACAGUCAACUGUCUGAAUUUCAGAAACUGAACAUUAUAAAGAUUAUCUAUCCUGAUAAGGUAAGGGAUAGCAUAGAACAGUAUGUAGAGGGCUGUAUGGGGAAGCAGUAUACUUUGCCCUUUAGCCUGGAUCUGACCUCUUCUUUUGAGGACUCCAACUGUCUCACCCCUCUACUGUUUAUCAUGGGCCCCGGGUCUGACCCUGCACCAGCCGUGCGUCAAUUUGCUAAAAAGAAACUCUUCCAAAACAGACUUCACACAAUUUCUCUGGGAGUAGAUCAGGGUGAGGCAGCUAGCAGACUGAUAUCCAGGAGUAGAGAAGAAGGCAGUUGGGUGUUGCUACAGAAUUGUCACUUGGCUCCAGACUACAUGCCUCACUUGGAACGUGUCUGUGACAACCUCACUCUGCUCAAUACCAGCAUGGAGUUUAGACUUUGGCUUACUUCAGCACCAUCCACUCAGUUCCCAGUGUCUAUAUUGCAAAGCAGUGUUAAAAUCACCACAGAUUUGCCUCCUGGGCUGAAGCGAAGACUUUUACUCAGUUUCCAGUCUGAACCUAUAAUUAUUGAAGAUUUCUUUUAUGGAUGUCCUGGUAAAGAUCGUGCAUUUGCUAAACUUUUGUAUUCCCUUUGCUUCCUCCAUGCGUCAGUGCAAGAGAGACAAAAGUAUGGCCAUUUGGGUUGGAACAUACUGUACAAGUUUUGUGACACAGACUUUAAUAUGUCUCUUCAACAGUUGCAGCAUCCUGCCGCUGAGCGUCCACACGUUCUUGGCGCCGUACUUCGAAACGACUCUUCGAUGCACAUGCAGUCGACAAUGCGUCAUAUCUUCUCUGGUAGUGAUGCCAGUCCCUUUUAA